AUGCAAUAUCAUAAUCGUAUUAAGGGAUGGUUAGAGAAGUUAGAGAGCAGGGACCCCAAGGCAGAUGAAAGCGAAGGCCACCAAAUUUCCCAAGAUAAGAUACGGGUUUUGGAACCGACGACUCCAACAAAGCAAACAAGCGCACGUCCGAUACGGGACGAGGUUUCGCCCACUGAUACUACGUUCUCGGAGUCGAGCAUCUUCGAUAGGCCUCUCCGCAAGGGCUUGUUUAGCAGCCCAACUCCGAGAUGCGAGACACGAGGUGACGAUUCUGAUACCACGAGCAUCGGUAGUGACGAUUGGGAGCUAGCAACCAAGACUAAACGCCCAGCUGAGCGACUGGUACCACCCACCUUUUCUCUACCACCGAGCGUGCCAUCACCCAGUCUCGACUUCUCCGUUUCGAUUUCGGAUGCGGAUACCGGCGAGCCUACGACGGUUUCUGAUCCCAAAGCUCAAUUGCCUCUUUCGACACAAGAACCAAACGAGCCGCGACCUGUUUGGAUUACCUCUUGCCUCCAAUGCAUACUCGCCGGCCUCCCAUGUUCAAGGACCUAUCCAUCCUGUAACAGGUGCAAGCGGAACGACUGCGCUGAAGAAUGUCUACUCCAUCGCCGGUGUUUCGUUUCCGAAACUCUCGAUCUUACCGAAGCAGGAGGCUGCAAGAUUCCCAUUCUGCUCAAGGUGAAAGGCGAGAGGGACGAAAUCUGGAAGCGAAAGGUCGAAUUGGCUGAGGAUCUGUGCAAGGAAUGGGUUGCGGAACAAGAAAAGAGGAACUGGGUGUUGCCAGGCAUCGACAGUCCGAGGGGUGGAUGGCGCACCCGCCGGGGCAAGGUCAAGAAAGAGAUGAUGUUACAUCCUGGUGAAGGGAUUGGACGUCUGUCAUUUUGUGAAUUGAUCGUCGACUCAGAUGUUUGA